ACAUCCGUGUCACGGCGAACUUGGAUCUGUGUGUCUGUGGCAGUGUGUCCCGCGUUUAGGUAGACGUGUUAAUCUUCUGGUAAUAGGAAACGUAUUGUGGAUAUUGACAAGGAUAGAACGAUGUUCGUGUACCUAUUUACCAGCAUUGCCGUGUCCGUUGUAUAUGAUCAAUUGACUUGCCUUUGCGUGUGUUUGUGGAGGGUGCUAUUGGAACAGUAUACGCUCACCAGUGGGGAUGUACUGUCAGGCAGUGUUUACUGUAAACACCGUGAAUGCGCCUUUACACCGGGGCUCUCGGAUAAACAGGGGGCCACAGCCUAUGGUGUGUUUAAUGAUACCCUGGAAGAAAAGGGGUGGGCGCAGCUGGACAUCCGAGCAGGUUAUGGUCGCCAGGCAACCGAUGCUGACGUCAUGUUUGCUGCAGGGUACCUGGAAGGAGUCUUAACAUCACGGAGAAUAUACCAGCACUUCCAGAAUGUGCAAUACCCGUUCUUCCUCUCGCAGACCGAAGCCGCGGUUGCGUUUGCGCGAAAGUUUUUGUACGAACAGGACAGGUGGACACGUGACAUGAUCUUACAAUUCUCCUCGACGGACUCAUUUUGGCGACAGGUUGGUCACGUGACUGACCAGCUUGACGGCUUGUACACUGGCUACAAUUCAGUGUCCACGACCGAAGAAGAGAAGCUGGAUUUCUUCAUCUUCCAAGCCCUCAGCGCAUCGGGAGAUCUUUCCGACAUCAUGGCUGCCAGCAACUCCUCACAGCGCCCUGACUGGAGAACCAUGACGAGAGCAGAGGUUGACCGGUUCCUUCUCAUGGGAAGUCGUUGUUCUGCCUUGGUGAAGGUAACUGACAACUUCGAUGACAUUUUCAUGGGCCAUUCGACGUGGUUCCUUUACCAGACAAUGUUGAGGAUUUACAAGUACUGGACCUUUAAACUACGGGACGAAACCACCAAGAUGUCCUUCUCGAGUUAUCCGGGAUUAUUGGUAUCCGUAGACGACUUCUACGUGAUGAGCGACACGUCAAUGGUGAUGCUGCAGACUACCAAUGACAUCUUCAACGCAUCUUUGUUCAGCCUCAUACAACCUCAUUCCCUUCUUGCCUGGCAGCGAGUACGAGUCGCCAACAUGGCGGCAACAUCAGGACCGGAGUGGGCCGAAAUGUACAAGAGAUAUAACUCGGGCACUUACAUGAAUCAGUACAUGGUGAUCGACUUGAAGCGCUACCAGCCUCGGAAACACCUUGAGGACAACCUCCUGUGGGUAGUUGAACAAAUACCUGGACUUGUAAUUGCAGCUGAUCAGACAGCGAUACUGAGGAAAGGCUACUGGGCGUCCUACAACGUCCCCUUCUACGAGUCCAUCUACAACAUCAGUGGCUACCCUGAAUUUGUGUCUGUACACGGCUCCGACUACUCGUAUGAGAUGGCCCCCAGGGCUAAGAUAUUCCGUCGAGACCACAGCACCGUCCAUGAUGUGGUGACCGCCCGACAGCUGCUCAGAUCUAACGAUUAUGUCCAUGACCCUUUUUCGGAAGAUAAUGCUUGCUAUGCAGUCUGUUGUCGGGGCGAUCUGGUGACGCCGGUACCUAUGGCAUUUGGAUGCAUAGAUACAAAGGUAACAGAUUUCAACCUUGCCUUGAACAGCUCUGCCUCCAUCAUAAAUGGUCCAACUACAACAAACCACAUGGAACCAUUUGAUUGGUCGAAAGAAUUCGAGAAUAUAUCCCACAUUGGAUUGCCCCAAAGAUAUGAUUUUUCUUUCUACGACGUCUAUGCCAUGUUGUAGGAGACCUAUGUACUAUACAUUAAACAACACUGCUGGAACAGCAAACACUCGUCUCAUAAGGUAUUGUUUUAUAUACCUAUUGCAAUAUCAAUGCAUAUGAAUAAUUGUUUUUCUUUUAUUUACUCAGUGCCGUUUUUUCGGUUAAAAUUUUGUCUUUGUGGGUUUUUGCUUUCGGCGUACAUUUGAAUGCCCUUAGAUAAAUAUUUCAAAACCUAAUUUCAAAAGGUAUAAUAGUAAUACAAUACUACAAUAUUUCUUGGCGUUAAGAUGUCUCAUUACCGGACUGCAUGUAUACACCUGUGCAAAAGUUAAGCACCAUUCAUAAUUUUAUAAGCGGGCACGGGUGGCCCAGUCGUCUAACGCGCCGCUAUUCGCUGUGCAGAGUUGAGUCCCUUGGGCACGCUAGAAACCUAUGAUUGUGGGUUCGAAUCCCGGUUCACUCCGAUUAUGUUUCUAGGUUUGUCAGCGCCAUACCCGUGCUUUUGGGUUUCACCGGGGUGGUAAACGGCUAAGACCUUCAUCUCUUCGGGCUUUCCUCCCACAUUAAGCUGACACGCCGUGAUAUAACUGGAAUACUGUUAAAAGCGGCGUUAAAUUCAACUCACUCACACAUCAUAAGUUCAUAAAUGUGUUAUCUUUACACUGACUGUAAAUCAUUUCCCUUGUAUGUAUGAAACAUUACUCAAGUGAGAAUGUAGCAUUGAUGUUCAUUUGCAACCACACCUAAAUAAAAAGUUAUCUGACCAGUA